AACCCACAUUGAAAAGCACGAUCAUGGAGCAGUACAACCCCAACCUCCGGAACUUCAUUUCCAUGGGCAAGAACUACGAAAAAGCCCUGGCAGGUGUGACAUACGCUGCGAAAGGCUAUUUCGAUGCGCUGGUUAAAAUGGGGGAGUUGGCCUGUGAAAGCCAAGGAUCUAAAGAACUGGGGGACGUUCUCUUCCAGAUGGCAGAAGUUCACAGGCAGAUCCAGAAUCAGCUGGAAGAGAUGCUGAAGUCUUUCCACAAUGAGCUACUGACCCAACUGGAACAGAAGGUCGAACUGGACUCCAGGUACCUAAGUGCUGCACUGAAGAAAUACCAGACGGAGCAAAGGAGCAAAGGGGAUUCGCUAGAGAAGUGCCAGGCAGAGCUGAAAAAGCUUCGCAAGAAGAGCCAAGGGAGCAAAAACCCUCAGAAGUACUCGGACAAAGAGCUGCAGUGCAUCGACACCAUCAGCAGCAAGCAAGGGGAGCUCGAAAACUACGUCUCCGACGGCUAUAAGACCGCGCUCACGGAGGAGCGGAGACGGUUCUGCUUCCUGGUGGAGAAACAGUGCGCGGUGGCGAAGAACACCAUCGCCUACCACGCGAAGGGGAAAGAGAUCCUGACGCAGAAACUCCCGAUUUGGCAACAGUCUUGCGCCGACCCCAACAAAUUCCCAGACCGGGCUGUCCAGCUGAUGCAGCAGAUGGUCGCCAGCAGCAAUGGCACGAUCAUCCCCAGCUCCCUGUCGACGUCCAAAUCGAACCUCAUCAUCUCCGACCCCAUCCCGGGGGCCAAACCGCUCCCUGUCCCGCCGGAGCUAGCGCCCUUCGUGGGGCGCAUGUCGGCCCAAGAGACCAUUCCCGUAAUGAACGGGGUCUCGGGCCCGGAGAGCGAGGACUACAGCCGCUGGUCCGAGAUGAAGAGCGCCCAGCCGAAAUCCCUCUCCCCUCCCCAGCAUCAGAAGCAGCUGAGCGACUCGUACUCCAACACGCUCCCUGUGCGCAAGAGCGUGACGCCGAAAAACAGCUACGCCACCACUGAAAACAAGACCUUGCCGCGCUCCAGCUCCAUGGCGGCCGGGCUCGAGCGGAACGGCCGGAUGCGCGUGCGGGCCAUUUUCUCCCACGCCGCGGGGGAUAACAGCACCCUCCUGAGUUUCAAGGAAGGAGAUCUCAUCACGCUCCUGGUGCCGGAGGCCCGAGACGGAUGGCACUACGGGGAGAGUGACAAAUCAAAACUACGAGGCUGGUUCCCUUUUGGAAGCGACCGG